CACGCGUCCAUUCGUUUCUCUAGCCACCAUGACAUAGUAUAAAAUUCAUAGCCAGCCUUACUGUUUAAUGCGCUCGGUGACUGCAUUUCAAUUAUGGGUUUGAUGAAGUUCAUUUGCCCUGAUUCUCCAUACGUGUGGGACCAGAAUGGUGUCUCAGAGUGUUUUGACGAUCUAGUGCUUGGUUUUGGAGUCAACAUACUGACUCUGGUUAUGGUUGUGGUGCUUGCGAUUAUUAAUAGGCGCCAGAAACAAUGGAAGAGGGUAUAUCUUUCAGCAAAUAUUUUUAUCUCCAUUCUUGCUGGUUUUGGAGCAUGCAUCGCAUCCUUUGACAUAAUUAUGCUUUUGAGGAGAAGACUACAUGUGCAAUCCAUUCUAUUUCAUGAAUGGCUGUAUACAUGCUCACAGUUCCCAGUCUGGGUGGCUAUUCUGAUUGUUUCAAGGUGUGGAACUUGGUCGGAUGUCUUGUGCAGUGGCUUCCUGUGUUUUUGGUGGACCAUAAAAUUUCUCCUCAUGAUACCUCGACUUGAAAUAGUUUUUUCUUCGCCUCAGGUUGUAAGAUGGAUUAAGGAGAUCUGUGGGACUAUCACUGAUAUCAUAUUUGGAAUAUUAAUAAACAUAAUCAGAAUGAAGGUUGCAUCUUACAGAAACAGUUCAAUGGUGGACUCACUUCUCCCCUACCAAAGGGAUACUGAAGAACGUCAAUUUAGGGAUUCAGAAAUUGUAUGUAGAAUUUGGCGUGUGAUGACAUUCAAAACCAUUGAUCCUGUGAUGCAACAUGGCGUAAACAAGCAACUUGACUUUGAAGAUUUACUUCAGCUACCUAUUGACAUGGAUCCUUCAUCUUGCCAUGCUCUGCUAUUGAGAAUGUGGGAUGCUCAAAAAGGAAAUAAUCUUAGUGGCCCUUCCUUAUUCAAGACGAUAUGCUUAGCAUAUGGAUGGCCAUAUUUCUGCAUAGGUUUGUUCAAGGUGCUUAACGACUGCCUAGGUUUUGCGGGACCUCUACUUCUCAAUAAACUAAUACGUUUUCUUCAGCAAGGUUCCAGGAGCGUCGACGGUUAUGUCCUUGCAAUAUCCUUGGGCUUGGUAUCAGUUUUAAAAUCCUUUCUUGAUACACAAUAUUCAUUUCGUCUUUCACAACUUAGGCUGAAGUUGAGAUCGAGUAUUAUGACUAUCAUCUACCGAAAGUGUCUUUGUGUAAGCUUAGCAGAGAAAUCAAAAUUUUCCGAGGGAGAAAUUCAAACAUUCAUGUCCGUGGAUGCAGAUCGAAUUGUGAACCUAUGCAACAGUGUUCAUGAUGUGUGGAGCUUACCCUUGCAAAUAGGAGUUGCUCUAUAUUUACUAUACAAACAAGUCAAGUUUGCUUUUGUCUCUGGAGUUGCUAUAACUAUUUUGCUAAUACCAGUUAACAAAUGGAUUGCAAAUCUGAUCGCAAGUGCCACCAAAAAUAUGAUGGAGCAAAAGGAUGAAAGGAUUAGAAAGACAGCAGAAUUAUUAUCUUAUAUCCGUACUCUAAAGAUGUAUGGCUGGGAGCUUCUUUUUGCAAGCUGGUUGACAAAGACAAGGUCCUCUGAAGUCCAAUAUUUAUCAACUAGGAAAUAUUUGGACGCGUGGUGUGUGUUCUUUUGGGCAACAACACCUACUCUCUUCUCUUUGUUCACAUUUGGACUCUAUUCUUUACUGGGCCACCAGCUUGAUGCCGCAACGGUUUUCACUUGCCUAGCUUUGUUUAAUAAUUUGAUCUCUCCUCUAAACUCAUUCCCAUGGGUCAUCAAUGGUUUGAUAGAUGCAGCUAUAUCUACUAGACGAUUGAGCAAGUACCUCUCUUGUCAUGAAAGUGAGUUUGGGCUUGAACAUUCUUCUCCGAUUUUCUAUGAUGAGAAGUUUGAUUCCAAAGAUACUGCUGUCUCCAUCAAUGAUGCAUCUUGUACAUGGUCAAGCUAUGAUGAGAAGGGAUUUGAUCUGGUAUUAGAACAUGUAAAUCUCGUUGUUCCAAAGGGUUUCAUGGUUGCAAUUAUCGGAGAGGUUGGAUCAGGUAAAUCAUCCCUAUUAAACUUGGUCCUAGGCGAGACGAGACUGAUGAAUGGAUCUGUAUAUCUAACUGGAUCCAGAGCAUAUGUACCACAGGUCCCCUGGAUAUUGUCUGGAACUAUCCGUGACAAUAUUUUACUCGGAAAGGACUAUGACCAAAAAAGAUACACAGAAAUAUUACAGGCAUGUAGUCUGGAUCUAGAUAUUUCACUGAUGAUGGGAGGUGACAUGGCAUGUAUUGGUGAGAAAGGGUUUAAUUUAUCUGGCGGACAAAGAGCUCGUCUUGCCCUGGCCAGGGCUCUUUAUCAUGGCUCCGACACAUACCUCCUUGAUGAUGUUCUGAGUGCAGUUGAUGCACAUGUUGCUCGCUCAAUUCUACAAAAUGCCAUUCUUGGCCCUUUUAUGAACCAGAAAACAUGCAUUCUUUGUACACAUAAUAUUCAGGCAAUAUAUGUAGCUGAUAUGGUGGUUGUGUUGGAUAAAGGACAUGUGAAAUGGGUGGGAGGUCCAGCUGACUCAUCAGUUACUUCCUACAUAUCGUUUUUGUCACCAAACGAGUUUAGCACAUUGGCCGAAGGACAAAACAGUAAAAAGUUAUUAAAUAUUUCUGGUGAAUCAGACAAAGCCCAGGAAGUUGAGUGUAUAAGCACUUCUACUGAAGGCCAAGACAUUGUUGAGGUCGAGACCAGGAAAGAGGGAAGAGUGGAAUCAACAGUAUACAAAAACUAUGCUGCAUUUUGUGGUUGGUUCAUAACAGUAGUGACGUGCCUCUCAGCAAUCUUGAUGCAAGCUUCUCGUAAUGGGAAUGAUCUGUGGUUGUCGUUUUGGGUUGACACGACGGGAAGCAGCCUUAGCAAGUAUUCGACCACCUUUUAUCUGGUCAUACUCUGUAUAUUUUGUUUGGUGAACUCGUCCCUGACUUUGAUGAGAGCAUUUUUAUUUGCAUUUGGUGGUUUACGGGCUGCUAUUAGAGUGCAUGAUCAGCUGCUGCAUAACCUUAUUGAUGCACCUGUUAGUUUCUUUGAUCAGACCCCAACUGGAAGAAUAUUAAACAGAUUGUCGUCAGAUCUGUAUACCAUUGAUGAUUCGCUUCCAUUUAUUCUCAACAUUCUCCUCGCCAAUUUUGUGGGUCUCUUAGGAAUCACCGUAGUUUUGUCAUUUGUACAGGUCAUGCUUUUGCUGCUUUUAGUACCCUUUUGGUUUAUGUAUAGCAAAUUGCAGGUAUACUACAGAUCAACAUCGCGGGAAUUGCGAAGACUGGACAGUGUUUCUCGUUCGCCUAUUUAUGCCUCAUUUACAGAGACGUUAGAUGGUUCCUCAACUAUUAGAGCCUUUAAUUCUGUGGAUUUUUUCUUAUUCAGAUUCAUGCAGCAUGUGCAAACAUAUCAGCGGACCUCUUAUACAGAAAUUAUUGCAAGUUUAUGGCUCUCCCUUCGCCUUCAGUUGUUAGCAGCAUUUAUUGUCUCCUUUGUCGCGGUGAUGGCAAUUGUUGGAAUGCACGGACAUCUCCCUGUCAGUCUAGGUACACCUGGGCUGGUUGGGCUGGCUCUAUCUUAUGCUUCCCCAAUUGUAUCAUUGUUGGGAAGCUUCUUGACAAGCUUCACUGAAACAGAGAAGGAGAUGGUUGCGGUCGAGAGGGUUCUUCAGUACAUGGACAUCCCUCAGGAGAAACUGACAGGACAAAGUCUCUCUGAUCCAAACUGGCCAUCUAAAGGAGAAAUACAGCUUCAAAAUGUGACCCUCCGAUAUAAACCAUCCUUGCCCCCUGCAUUAUUUGAUGUUUCUUUUCAUAUCCCUGGAGGAACUUGGGUUGGAAUUGUUGGAAGAACGGGUGCUGGAAAAUCAAGUAUCUUGAAUGUUUUAUUUCGUCUCAACCCAAUUUGUACUGGAUGUGUUCUGCUGGAUGGUUUGAACAUCGCUGGAGUUCCCGUUAGAGAUCUUCGGUCUAACAUUGCAAUAGUUCCUCAGACCCCGUUCUUGUUUGAAGGAUCUUUAAGGGCCAAUUUAGAUCCACUGGAGACGAGCAGUGAUGAGAAGAUUUGGAGCAUUCUAGAAAAAUGCUGUCUCAAGGAGGAAAUAGAAGCAGCAGGUGGACUAGACAGCCAUGUAAAAGAGUCUGGAUCAACGUUUUCAGUCGGGCAACGACAACUUUUGUGCCUUGCACGUGCGCUGCUCAAGUCUUCUAAGGUACUCUGCUUGGACGAGUGCACUGCAAAUGUGGAUACUCAAACAGCUUCCACACUGCAGAAAGCUAUUUCAAGUGAAUGUCGAGGCAGAACUAUUAUCACAAUCGCCCAUCGCAUUUCCACCGUUUUAGUCAUGGACAAUAUCUUCAUUUUGGAUCAGGGGAUUCUGGUCGAACAGGGAAACCCGCAGGUACUUUUGGGUGACGAGUCAUCCAAAUUCUCGAGUUUUGUUCAGGCAUCGGCUAUGUGAUUUCCUAGAGAAUUCUUGUGUCUGAUAGACCGGGCUACCGACCUGAACUAUGCAAGCUCCUGCCGACUGACAAAAACGGAACCGAUAUGCUGAUAGAAUAUGACUGGGAACUACUGGUGGUUAGUGUUCAUCCAUGAAUUUAGGAACUUUAACAUUCUUAGGAGGCAGAGGAAUGAGAAUGAAUAGGACCUUUUAGCUUACAAGUUGAUCAUGAAGAUCCGGAUGAUUCCUAGUUUGCAUGCAUCUUAUUAGUCAUCAUCGAGACACUGUUCUUCACUAUGCGCAUCUACGGUUUGAUGAUGUGAAUGUAACAUUAGCCGUAGUUAACUAGAAUUGAAAUGGCAUGGAAGACGGAAAUAUAUUGAGUUUUUUAGGUCAAAUCCACAUACGGUGCUUUGUGGAUUGGGUGUUUGGAUGACUGUCAUAUUUGAAAAUUUUAAUUCAAGUCGAGUUUGAUUGAAGCUGAACCAAUUAUGUAAUGAGUACAA